GUCAACAUUAUACAAGAUGGCGUAGAUGCAUCUUGCGAGCUUGCGAUCGUUAAGUUUGGAUUAUUCUUCGAAAAUUUGCACAAGGAAUACAAAAUAAAUUUCAUCUGCAGAACAUUAUUAAGAUAAACAGUAUGUUUUAAGAAAUUAUCACAUUGCGGACUUAUUUAAGUCCUCGAAUUAAAUUUUAGUUCGACAUUCUAUAGUUUUCCAGAUACUAUGCCCGAAAGAAGAUCCGCGAAUACAGUAUAUGUUCAAUUCUUUUGGUCAGCAAUAAAUUCAUUAAAGAAACCAACUUUGGAAAAAAUAUUUAAAGCUGUUGCUAAAAACAUCAAGGGUAUAACUUUAGCAGAAUGCGAGGAUGAGCUACGACAAGCAGAUGCUGAAGGUUUACUGCGUUUAAACUGCGACAAUUCAGAUAAUUCUAUAUACUACUCAAAUCUUUCCGUCAACGAGGAUGUUGAUGACCGACAAACCCAUGAUUGGUACUGCUUUGAAUGUCAUACGGGAGGAGAUGUCUGCUUAUGUACUACCUGCUGGUUAGUUUAUCACAAGAGUUGCUUGCCAGUAAACUUAGCUAAGAACUUCCGUUCAGAAACAUUUAUAUGCGAUAUGUGCCUUAAAGACAAGAAAUUUCAGAAAUGUUUCGAGAGAAAGCUACUGUUGAAAAUACUGAAGUGUCUAAUUAAACCUUUGAUGAGAUUUGGAGAAGAACUAAACAGGUUGCAGUGUGAUAGUGAAGUUGACGAAAGAAUAAAAUUCAUUACAUACAAAUAUCUGGACUUGGAAGGAAUGCAAGCUAAAUUAGAGAAGAAAGAAUAUAAAACCUUUGAAUGUUUCGUUAAAGAUGUUUACCUUGUAGCGCAUAAUGUUAUGCUUAUUUGGGGUAACCAAUCAACUGUUUCUAAACAAGUUAUUAAAAUGUUAGACAAACUGCAGGAAGAAAUAGCUUUAUUGGACGCAUGUUUUGAUUGUUUCCUUAACUCCAAAUCAAAUACAAAGGAUUGGUUUUGUCUACCCUGCAGAAAGGAGCAUAAGCUAGUCUUUGCUAAAGUUCGUGGUCAUCCAUACUGGCCUGGAAAAGUGAUGAAAGAGACCGAUGUGUCCGUUGAAGUGAAAUUUUUUGGGGAGCCCCAUGAACGAGCAUUCGUUCCACAUAGCAACAUUAAAAAUGUUGAUGUUGAUAAACGAUCGUUAAAUUUAAAAAAGACGUUACACAUGGAUAAGGCUCUUGCGCAAUUAGAAAAAUGUCGAGAUUUAUGUAAGAAAGGCUUCACCUCAAAUUUUACCGAUAGCGAAGAAGAAAUUGAGGAGGAAGAAGAGGAGGGAGACGAGGAAGAUGAAGAAGAAGGCGAAGGUGAAAGAAAAAAUGACAGAGAAGAAAAUGAGGAGGAAGAGGGAAAAUGUGAAGAAGUGGAAAAACCGAAAAAGCCUCAGGGGACUGUUUUACCGUUUCUUCGAAAACGGCAGCGAAAUUCUAAUGAAGCAGAGGAGGGUAUGAAAAAAAAGAGGAGAACCUCUUUAGCUGGUUCAUCUGUAAUCAAAAUGGAACAAAGCGCAAAAGUCAGUCCAUCAUGUUCUAAUGAUACCGUAUCAGCAAGAUCAGAGAAAGAAGUUUGCCAAUGCAACAUAACUAAGGCUGAGCUUCUAAAACAGCAUAGAGAAAGUAUUAUACAAUUAAAAAAUUCAUUUGACGAAGAGAGAUUGAGGCUAAUCGAAGAGAAAAAUGCAAUCGUUGAGGAGACAAAAAGAGCAUGCGAGGAGCAGCAAUUUAUCAUUGUUGUUGGAACACAUCAUAUUGUUCAGAUGGAUGUCAGAGCUCCCAUUGGCCGUUACAUCGUAGAGUUUGUCGCCGAAAACGAUAGACCUGAUAAAAAAAAUGCUAAAAAGAAAGUGAAGAGAUAA